UUGUAUUCCUCAUAGGUGCUCUUGGCGGCAGCCGUCUGCACAAAGGCAGGAAAGGCCAUAGUUUCCCGGCAGUUCGUGGAGAUGACUCGCACCCGCAUUGAGGGGCUGUUGGCAGCCUUCCCCAAACUUAUGAACACCGGGAAGCAGCACACGUUUGUGGAGACCGAGAGUGUGCGAUAUGUAUAUCAGCCAAUGGAAAAGCUGUAUAUGGUGCUGAUCACCACCAAAAAUAGCAAUAUCCUAGAAGACCUAGAAACACUCCGUCUCUUCUCUAGAGUGAUUCCUGAAUAUUGCCGAGCUCUGGAGGAGAAUGAGAUCUCUGAGCACUGCUUUGACCUGAUUUUUGCCUUUGAUGAAAUUGUUGCCCUGGGCUACCGUGAGAACGUAAACCUGGCACAAAUUCGGACCUUCACAGAGAUGGACUCACAUGAAGAGAAAGUGUUUCGAGCAGUCAGAGAGACUCAAGAGCGUGAGGCAAAGGCUGAAAUGCGCCGGAAAGCCAAGGAGUUGCAGCAGGCCCGAAGAGAUGCAGAGAGACAGGGCAAAAAAGCACCAGGCUUUGGUGGAUUUGGCAGCUCGGCUGUAUCUGGGGGUACAACUGCGGCCAUGAUCACAGAGACCAUUAUUGAAACAGAGAAGCCCAAAGUGGCACCUGCACCAGCCAGACCAUCAGGCCCCAGUAAAGCUUUGAAGCUUGGAGCUAAAGGAAAGGAAGUGGACAACUUUGUGGACAAGCUGAAAUCAGAAGGCGAAAAUAUCAUGACCUCUUCUGUAGGCAAGCGUUCCUCAGAGGCAGCCAAGGUUCUCGCUGCGCCCAUUAACAUGGAGAGUGUGCAUAUGAAAAUCGAGGAGAAGAUUUCCUUGACUUGUGGUCGUGAUGGUGGGUUACAAAACAUGGAACUGCAUGGCAUGAUCAUGCUGAGGAUCUUAGAUGAAAAGUUUUCCCGGAUUCGCCUCCAUGUAGAAAAUGAAGAUAAGAAGGGGAUACAGCUACAGACUCACCCAAAUGUGGACAAGAAACUUUUUACUGCUGAAUCGCUGCUUGGCUUGAAGAACCCAGAGAAAUCAUUCCCUAUUAACAGUGAUGUGGGAGUACUGAAAUGGAGGUUGCAGACCACAGAAGAAUCUUUCAUUCCACUGACAAUUAACUGCUGGCCAUCAGAAAGCGGGAAUGGUUGUGACGUUAACAUUGAAUAUGAGCUGCAAGAGGAGAGCCUAGAACUGAAUGAUGUGGUCAUCACAAUCCCAUUGCCGUCCAGUGUUGGUGCCCCAGUGAUUGGAGAGAUUGAUGGGGAGUAUCGCCAUGAUAGCAGGAGGAAUCUCCUCGAAUGGUGCCUGCCAGUGAUAGAUGCCAAAAACAAGAGUGGCAGCCUGGAGUUCAGCAUAGCAGGGCAGCCCAAUGAUUUCUUCCCGGUGCAAGUCUCCUUCGUCUCCAAAAAGAAUUACUGCAACAUAAAGGUUACCAAAGUGACCCAGGUAGAUGGGAACAGCCCCGUAAGGUUUUCCACUGAGACCACCUUCUUAGUGGACAAAUAUGAAAUACUGUAACACCAGCAGCAGGGAGUAACAAAUGAUUUUUAAAAAAAAUUAAAACACAAAAAGGCUGAAGUUUAUUUUGAACGUCUGGAACGCCGCAGCCCUCUCUUUGCUUGGACACACGGCUCUGUCUGCCAACUGCAGUGUUCCUGGGUCACAGGCAUUCUUUGACAGAGAAUUGACAUGAUCAUAUGGGGAAAGGCUGCUAAUUUCUUUGGCAUUCUUUGACAGAGAAUUGACGUGAUCAUAUGGGGAAAGGCUGCUAAUUUCUUUGGCAGAUUUUACUGGACAACAGUAAAGCAGGAUCUUCAUUGAGAAAUCCUGGCUUUGAUUCCUCCCCUUCCUCUCUCCCACAAAGCUAGCUGCAUAGCUCAGUCCCGGAAAGAAACUACAACUCAUUCUCUUCCUUUUUAGUGUAUUGAGUUCUGUUUUUGUCAUGAUUGUUGCCAUUUUAAUUUAUCCCCUGCCUUCAGCCCUUGUUUCCAUGGAUUUAAAUAUGCAUUAAGAUAUUCUAAACAUGGGCAUUAUGCAUUCUGGAUCCUUUUGUCUUGGGAAUGGAAUUAGCUGAUUGGACUUGGCCUCAGUUUUAAAAAUGAAGUUUUGGGUGGGUGUAGUAAACAUGUUCCUCCUCUGCCUGUAUUUGCUGCCUGUUCAACUCUGCUUUUCAGUGGUGGACCUGCACUUGGACCAACUCCCACAGUGAGCUACAUGCCUUUGGUGUGAGUUAGAUCAGAGUUGUCUCCCAGCUGGCAGAGAAUGGAGCUUCUGAAUUGAUUGGAUCCAACUUAGAGGAGUGGAGGAAGUGUACCUGGAAAUACUCAUAUUUGCUGCAAUUUCCUGUCACUCUUUGGUGCAGACCCUAGGCCAGGUGUUUAAAGUCAUUGUGCCUGGUGUAAGUGAACACCUUUCUUGAUCUAUUUCAAUCUUCCCCAGUUAAUUGAGCCCCCAUACCUGCUAGUAUGCAUCUUAGCCCUUCCUAGAAGCUGCUUAUAAAAGGGUAUGGAGCCUGCUUUGUUCAACCCCAGGUACAGAUCUGAAUUACUGAAACAUGAAUAUGUUAGACUAUGUCUGCUUGGGCCCACAUAAGAGCAGAAAGGAGUGAUCAUGUUGGCACUUAUUGAUGGCGUUAGGAGGAGGGAAGCUGGGGUUGCAGCACAGAGACUUUAGGUAAAAGUCAAGUACUGGUGCCCUUCUAAGUUUGUCCUGUAGUGUAAGGGCUGCACUCAACCACACUCCGUUGCUCCACAGAAAAGCUGACUAGCUGGAAUAGCAUUGGCUAUGUCAUCCCCAGGGAAGCCAUGCUCACUAAAAACACUCCCCCCCCCCCCUCCUUUCUUUAGAACCUUUUUUUUGGGGGGGAAGGAAGGGGGGUGACAUUGGGUAGUCUCAGACUGUCUACAUCUGAGCCGUGCCUGGCUGAUUGCAUAACUUCAACAAGGAACUUUGCUAACCAUCAUUGUAGCAAGGCCUCAUGGUUCUAGUCAAACAUAACUACUUUGCUGGUUUGUGGGUGACAGGAAAUGAAGUUUCUAGCUCAUGGAAGUCCUAGAAACUUGUGUACUAUGCUUCAGUGGAAGAACACUUGUUUUUUAGACUAAGUUCACACCAGUGCUUGUGGGGUUGUCUGCCAAAGAAGUUAGCUGUCUCUCCUCUGUUACCUUAAUUGCAUUGUGAGGAAAUGUAACUCCUGUUUUUUCCAUGUGAGGGUGAUAUGUUCUGGGAGAGGGGAAGCAAAUCCUGUCCCGUAGUUAAGUAGACUAUGAAUCUUAAUUCAGUUGUGUUCAAGAGUUGCUUAUCUGUAUGAUUUUAAAACGGAGUCAAGUUUAGUUUCAAACAUCAAAGGAGCAUUUUUCUUAAAUUACUUUGGAGGUAAUAUUUAAAAAAAGUUUUGUACCCUGUACAAUAAUGACCUAGGGAAUAGAACACAUUCCAGUGUACACAAAGAAUGCAAGUUCUUUAAUCAAAUAAAGAGUAUUCUAAAAGGAAA